GAAAUACAGCGUCUUGGUCACUUCGUCUGCAUCUCCACCCACAUCCCUGGGUUGUCUCCUAUUCUCCCAGAAAUCAGCAACCAUACUCACAACGAUGAUGGAUGUAGGGUUUGGUGGCCAAAGCAACUAUCAUUGAGGAAACCAUCGUCAUCAUCCUCUAAUUUCUUGCUUGGUUGGUUCGUUUCUUCCUCUCCGUCUUCUCUCGACGUCGUCGUCGCUUUCGCGUGCACUGAGCUUGCGCUUUCUGGUAUCCAAUCAACCCUCCAGGGUUUGGGAAAUUGGUACAUUGAAAUCAUAUAUUGUUUUCAGGGAAUUCUUCGCAACACGAAUGGAAGGAUGCCUGUGUUGCUUCAGGAUAAGUCUAUGAUGUGUGUAUUGGGUCAAAUUUUUGAGGACCAAAUAGAAGAAGAUCAAUCUCAUUCUUCUUGUGGGUGCCACAAGCUCAGUGGAUCAGUAGGACCAUGUAGGGAAAAUUUCGAGGGAAAUGGUUAUUGGAUUCGGAUGUUAUGUGAUCCUCAAGAACAUAUUGGAAAGGACAUUACUUGGAUUCCUAAACUGCAUCACGUUCACUGGAAUGGGAAGGUCGUGUCUCGAUGUGAUGUCCACCUAAUAUUAUAUGAGACUCCUACCUAUGGUGCCCACCAUUUCUCAUUACAUCCUUGGAAUUCAUUUGAGCAAGUGAGUGCGCCUAUGAGAAAACCCAAAUGGGUUGAUGAACUUCACCAAAAGCAACCACUCCUUGAUUUGGAUACAGUCAUUCUGGCAAUUAAUAGCUCCGCUACCGCUGAAAUUGUUUUUGAAAAAUGCAUAGGUCCCAAGACGUCUUUUGUGUGCUUUUCUACUGUUUACAUGUUUCUGGGCUUCGCAUGGCAACUAUUCGCCAUGUCUGUGGCUUCAUUAUCCACUUUAUUCUAUGUCGUUCUUCAGUUUCUCUAUAGCCUUCUGAAUUAUGCAUCGGACUCAUGUAUAAACCUUAUAUUAGUAAAGGUAUUCAGCAGCUCAAGGAUAAAUAUCAGAAUCCGUGGUUCUCAGAUCUUGUAUUGGCCAAUCUUUCUUCAAUAUAAUGGAAUGAGGUCGCUAUCAAGUGUGGAAUACGCAGAGAAAGCUGCAUUGCAUAAGCAUUCCAUGUGGUCAAGUUUAGCUGUUGAUGUGCUUCUGGGAAACUUGUUUGGUUUGGUACUGUUGUAUCAUGCAGAAUCUGCUUGCAUAUGGAUAUUAAAAUUUUCCAGUGACAUUACAAAUGAGUUAUUGCGCUCAGGCUGUGUGUGGUUGAUGGGGGUACCUGCAGGUUUUAAGUUAAACAAUGAAUUGGCAGAAGUUCUUGGGAUGAUUUCUUUAACUGCUAUCCAGAUUUGGUCUACCAUUUGGAUCUUUUUGGUGUCCCACUUUCUUUAUUUCAUUAGAGGACUUGCCAUAUCAGGAAUCAUUUUUGGGGUGACUAUACCUGCUGCUUUGAUAAUCGACUUGAUUGCUCUAGCAACGUUGCAUGUGUCUACUCUUCAUUGGUUGAUAUCGCUUUUAUAUUCAACUCAGAUACAGGCAUUAGCAGCUCUCUGGCGCCUUUUCAGGGGCCGAAAGUGGAAUCCUCUUCGUCAGAGAUUAGAUAGCUAUGACUACACUGUCAAGCAACACAUCGUUGGAUCUCUUCUGUUCACACCACUCCUACUUCUAUUACCGACAACUUCUGUUUUCUACAUCUUUUUUACCAUUAUGAAUACAACUAUCAGCCUUAUGUGUAUACUGAUUGAAGUCACUAUAUCUUUCAUUCAUGCCACACCAUAUAUCAAAAUUUUCCUUUGGUUGGUGAGGCCGAGAAGAUUUCCAUCUGGGAUAUGGUUUGAAAUUGUAUCUGUUUGGAGUGGUGGAAUUGAUUCUCCUAGGGAUAUUAAUUCACCGUCAGAGAAACUGCAGCCCGGAAAGGGCCUCACCGGAGAAAAAUCAUCUGUGGUGGUUUCAUUUCUUCAUAGUAACUUCUUGACUGUAGGACAAAUAGUCAUGCCUCACUACAACAAGGUUCUUUCUGGGAAACCUCGGACAUUGGUUGCCACUGCAGCUUAUGGAGUCCUCACUGGCAGACGGAUUCCAUCUUCAAUUGGAACUGAUCUUCCAACAUUUCCGUGGAUGCUAAUCUCCUACAAAGAGUAUUGGCGUCUCUGCCGCGAUUCAGUUCUUGUAUGCUACAGAGCGUGACAUGUAACCAGUCUUGCUGCUGCCAGUUAACACCUAACUGCAUUUAUUUAACCUAACCUGAAAUUUUGUUCUCCCAUGUAAACCAAUUUUUCUGUUCAUCGAUUUGUUUAGGACCGUACAGGCAACAUAUCCGAUUCAAUUUUGAAGGAUUGUAGGAUGAAGGGUUUUUUUUGGUAAAUGAAAACCAAGUUAUUUUUUAAAUUUGUUAUAGUUAAUUCAUCUGUUUCAUCUAAAAUGUCUGCUCUGUUGCGUAAUUGACGUGAUUCAAGUCUCAGGCGAUCGGAAGUCUGCUGUUGGUUGAUUCUGACCUAAGAUAAUUGAUAACAGGUGUGGACGGUUCAACUGGGAUGAAUUGAGCUAUAACACUGCUUGUCUCCUUUCAGUGGGGUCAUCACCUGCAGUUGCAAGUCACGGGCCGACGCCCAUACCUGGAUAAUUGAUAACAGGUGUUAACGGUUCGGUCGAGAAUAAAAAUGUGCCGGGGAGAAUUUCCAUUGCACUAACAUCGAGUGACAGAGCUAUUGUUGGGCUUAGUUAGGUCACAAUUCAGCCGGCAGAGAGCUAACUGAAAAGCAGACAGAAACGUUACGAAAUGCUUUUACACUUGGAAGCUUCAUGUUCUGCCUAAGUUGCAGAUCUCAAGUGAAGACCAGUACUUUCGUAAAGAAGCAAAACCCACACGUUUCAAGGCUAUGAUUGCUGCAUAAAACUGAGUUGAUGCCGACCUACAUUUAUUCUUGUUUUGUUUCCUUGUGCGAAAAGCUUACUAUGCUCUAGAUCAAAAGAUGGCUGGACAUGUGGUUAAAUCUCCCAAUUUUAAGUGUAUUUUAUUUUUUGAAAUUGUGACAUGACAAAAAUGCCUCUUAAGGUAAUUAUUGACUUGUUGUUGACUUU